AUGGCAAAUCAUCAAGCGGGUAUACCGGAUGAUUGCCAGUCAAAGGCGGCCCCAAUAGACACUGGAAUAGAACCUAUCCAGAAGCAGACGGUUGACUAUGUUGUGAGAUCCGGUCUUGCUGGUGGGCUGGCCGGAUGUGCCGCCAAAACCCUGAUCGCCCCUCUCGAUCGGGUGAAAAUUCUGUUCCAAACGAAAAACCCCGAGUUCGUAAAGUACGCGGGCUCGUUUUUCGGCUUGAACAGAGCACUCUCGCACAUUUUCUCUAGCGAGGGUGCGCUCGGGCUUUUCCGUGGCCACAGCGUCACCCUGCUCCGUGUGUUCCCGUACGCGGCCAUCAAGUUCGUUGCGUAUGAACAGGUCAGAGCCGUCUGCAUUCCAUCCAAAGACUACGAAACUCACUUUAGAAGAUUCCUUUCGGGGUCCAUUUCCGGCGUGGCGUCCGUCUUCUGUACAUAUCCGUUGGAUGUUGUCCGGGUCCAGCUCGCAUACCGGUCCCACGACAAAAGCCGCCAUCGCCUGCUAAAAGCUAUAAAAGGUAUUGGAUAUCAAGCUUCAGAAAAAUUUCGCAUCUCUAAUUACUAUUCUGGAUUUAUCCCUACCGUUAUUGGCAUGGUUCCGUACGCGGGCGUGUCUUUUCUGGCCCACGACACCUGCCACGACAUUUUGCGGUCAAAACUUCUGCGACGGUUUGCUGUAGAUUCGGAAAAGAAGCCUAGAAUGGACGGAAAAGCCCCCCUACAAAACUGGGCAGAGCUAGUUGCCGGUGGUACCUCGGGAAUGCUUGCUCAGACGGCCUCAUACCCACUGGAGAUUGUGCGCCGCCGAAUGCAGGUUGCUGGCAUCAACAAUGCGCGAAAAUCAAUUGCUCAGACCGCCGCCACUGUUUUCAAAGAAAGCGGUGUACGCGGCUUUUUUAUUGGAUUGAGUAUUGGCUACAUUAAAGUUAUUCCAAUGUUCGCCUGCUCAUUUUUCGUCUAUGAAAAGGCAAAAUAUUUAUUGCGGAUCUAG